CUGAAUGACUGCGAUGGAGAGGUGUCUGAUUCUCCGGGAGCGAGGUUUUGUCUAAAGGCGGCGCUUGCAGGCUGGAGUGACGCUGGGACAUUUUUGAAAACCUUAGUCAGAAGUGAUUUACAAGGAGCGAAGUUGAUGCCGGGAUCUGUCCGGAGCUGAGGCUCGAUUGUUGCCUUUUCAAGUUCACCGUGUGUUUAUUUUUUAUUUUGUUUUUAUUUCCAGCCGUUGACGAUAAAUUGGAAGUUCGUUCUCUCUAGCCGACUACCGCUCGCUUUUUCUUUAAUUUCGUUCCGUGGAUCAUGAACAAACUGUACGUGGGGAACCUGAGUCCCUCGGUCACCGUGGAGGACCUGAAACGGCUCUUUGGUGAAAGUGAGCUUCCCGUGACCGACCGGGUCUUGCUGAAGUCCGGUUAUGCUUUCGUUGAUUUCCCUGACCAAAAGUGGGCCAUAAAAGCAAUUGAGACGCUGUCAGGGAAAGCCGAGUUGCACGGAAAGGUGAUUGAGGUCGACUAUUCUGUUCCCAAAAAACUGAGGAGUCGUAAGAUUCAGAUCCGGAACAUUCCGCCUCAUCUACAGUGGGAGGUACUAGAUGGUCUGUUGUCACAGUACGGGUCUGUAGAAAAUGUGGAGCAAGUUAAUGCUGACUCAGACUCAGCUGUGGUGAAUGUCACAUAUGCUUCCAAAGAGGAGGCGAAAGAGGCCAUUGAGAAGCUGACGGGCCACAGCUUAGAGAACCACUCCUUCAGCAUCUCCUACAUUCUGGACGUGGAGAGCGACAUUGGAGAGGCCCAGUCCCGGGGGGCGCCCCGAUGGGGCAGGGGAGCUCGGGAGGCAGAUUCCACACACCCCGGGGCCAUGGGGGGCCGCCAAGGCUCCCACGAGCUCCCCCUCAGACUGCUGGUGCCCACGCAGUUCGUGGGAGCCAUCAUUGGCAAAGAAGGCCUGACCAUCAAGAACAUCACCAAGCAGACUCAAUCCAAAGUGGACAUCCAUCGUAAGGAGAACAUGGGGGCAAGUGAGAAGGCCAUCACCAUCCACUCGACUCCCGACGGCUGCUCGCACGCCUGCAAGAUGAUCCUGGAGGUCAUGGAGAAGGAAGCCGCUGAUACCAAGACUGCUGAUGAAGUCCCUCUGAAGAUCUUGGCCCAUAACAGCUUGGUAGGCAGGUUGAUAGGCAAGGAAGGCAGGAACCUGAAGAAGAUGGAGCAGGACACGGGGACCAAGAUCACCAUCUCCCCGUUGCAAGACUUGACCCUUUACAACCAGGAGCGUACCAUCAUGAUUAGGGGAGGGGUUGAGGAGUGUUGUAAUGCAGAGGUGGAGAUCAUGAAAAAGCUACGGGAGGCUUACGAGAAUGACGUGGCCGCCCUGAAUCUACAGGCUAGCCUGAUCCCAGGCUUGAACCUGAGUGCAUUGGGCAUCUCCUCUGGCCUGCCUGUCCUAUCUCCUGCUGGAGCACCACACAGAGGUUCCUCGCACCAUGCUGCCUACAACCCCUUCCUGGGUCAUGCAUCUUCACUGGGUGGCCUGUAUGGAGCGCCUACUCUACGUGGCCAACAAACACAGGAGGUGGUGUAUCUCUUCAUCCCUACUCAGGCAGUAGGAGCUCUAAUAGGAAAGAAGGGGCAGCAUAUCAAAGAACUGGCACGAUACGCAGGAGCUUCCAUCAAAAUUGCCCCGUCAGACAACCCCGAUGCCCCUGAGAGGAUGGUCAUUAUCACCGGCCUUCCUGAAGCACAGUUUAAGGCUCAGGGUCGAAUAUUUGGGAAGCUGAAGGAGGACAAUUUCUUCAAUGCUAAGGAGGAAGUGAAGCUGGAGGCACACAUAAAAGUCCCCGCAGCUGCUGCUGGCCGGGUCAUAGGGAAGGGAGGAAAAACGGUGAAUGAAUUACAGAACCUCACCAGUGCUGAAGUUAUAGUUCCACGAGACCAAACACCUGAUGAGAAUGAUGAGGUGUUUGUAAAAAUCAUUGGCCAUUUCUUUGCAAGUCAGACCGCCCAGCGAAAGAUCAGGGAAAUCAUUCAGCAGGUGAAACAUCAGGAACAGAAGAGCCAGCAUGGGGCAGCGACGGCAUCGCAGCACACCAAGUGACCACCAGAGGGUGGUAGCAAGCAGCAGCAGCAGCCUGUGAAUGUAGCUGGCUCCUCCGAGCAUGAACCAGAACGAGCCAAAUGCACGACAGAUAACGAGAGCGGCAAGGAACGCAGACGGGAAGGAACGACAUCGAAACCAAAGAACUUUUUUUUUUUUUUUUUU